UCGCUUAAGAACCGCUGCCAUAGCUACAUGCCGGCUGCUGUCAAUGGAAAAGUUUUGACAGCUGCGCGAACAGGACAAAAGACUGGCGUUUUUUUUUGUUGUUCAGUUCCUUCGUGGUUUGUUUAUUCGAUUGCAAAGAAGGUGGGUUGUGGUUGCGUGCGUACCCAACGUUUCACACUACUCCACACAAUCCAGCCAGAAAGAUAGCAGACCCGGCAGUGAGUGGUGGUUGUUGAAUCUAAAUCGGAUCGGAUUGUUCCCCGGUGUACGACGUGCGUCCAAGUACAGCUAGCCAUGGCCGAUGCUAAGUCCGAAAUCGACAGUGACGCUGAACAGAACUACUCGCUGAACAGCAAUGUGGAUCCCAAGAACAUGCAGGAACUGACGAUAUACGUUCAAAAUCUGCUGCAGAACGUGCAGGACAAGUUCCAGACGAUGUCGGAUCAGAUAAUUUCCCGCAUCGACGACAUGGGCACAAGGAUAGAUGACCUUGAGAAAAGUAUCGCCGAUCUGAUGCAGCAGGCGGGCGUCGAAGGGCAGGACAAGUAGGCGUCCGGCCUUUUCGGAUCCACCACCAGCAUUGGCCAUACAUUAUGGCUCAACACUCAUUUUCUGCAUUAAUAAUCAUCUCCCAACCCCGUUGGAUAUAUUCGUAAACAAACACACACAUACACGCUCACGUACGAGCGCAUGCAUUACUUUCAAUACAAGAAUAGUACACACUUUUUUUUAUCAAAGAUCAGCGGGAAAAUUAGGAGAAGUUUGCACUAAUGCUUAUCCAUCAAGCGAGGGGUUAAUUUUGUUUUAUUUUAUGGCUUUGGUUUAUCGAUGGAAAUUGGAUUUGCACACAGGCGUAUAUAAGGACACCAUUGGUAGAUUACUUUCGAUUGUACACUUAGGCACCAAGAAAAGGAAAGGUAUAAUAUAAAGCAGGAAAAAGAAACACGAAACAAUUAUAUUGUUCAGUAUAUU